AUGUCCGAAGUGUAUAGCAUCGAGCCCAAAACGUCUGGCAGGGUAACCAUCUACACCAGCCUGGGCGACUUGGAAAUCCUCCUGUUUUGCAACGAGUGUCCGGUAGCAUGCCAGAACUUCAUUCAGCUUUGCCUGAACAACUACUACAACGGAAAUAAAUUUUUUCGAAUCAUUCCCAAGUUUUUGAUCCAGACGGGGGACCACACGAAUACGGGACUACACAACGAGUACGCCUUCAAGGAACCGUUCCAGAAUGAGUGCAACCGGCGACUGAAGUUCCUGUACGCGGGAUGUGUAUCCUUCGCUAACCUUAAUAUAGAAAAGCCAUCCAAUGGAAGCCAAUUCUUUAUCACCUUGGACAAGGCAGAAUACCUGAACAAUAAAAGCACUCUGUUUGGGAAGGUGGCUAAACACAGUAUCUACAAUCUCCUCAAGUUCAAUCAGAUAAAAACGAACAAGAAGGAUGAACCGAUAGAGGAUGCUCCAUACAUUCAAUAUAUUAAAAUUGAGGAGAACCCAUUUCACCACUUGGUCCCUUAUGCCAAUUAUGAGAAGGAGGUGAAGGAAAAGAGGCAGCAGGACACACGCCGGGAACCGCCCAGCGAAGUGAAGAAGCUCAGGGGAAACUUGCUCUCCUUUGGCUACGACGAGGGGGAAGAAGCAUCUGACGGGGGAGAAGUCGCUGACGAGGGAGAAGCUACUCAUGAGGAAGAAGCUACUGAUGAGGGAAAGGCGCAAGGGGCGAGGUACGGCCCAUCGGGCGACCUGCCCACCGAGAAAGACGGAACGAACCCAGAAGCGCCCCCCGCAGGAGAACCCCAAAGGAGGACAUCCUUAGGAUCGAGUAAAAGGGAAAGCAAAAUGGUUGAGGACAAAAUUGAUAAGUUGAAAAAAAAAACAAACGACAUUGAAAAGGAGAAAGGGAAAAGGAAGGAAAGGGACAUUGCAGCGAGGGACCUGGGCACCUUGGAUGAGUGUUAUUUGAAGAAAAUCAGGAAGUACCAUAAAAUGUCCAAGCGUGAGAGGGAGAAGCAGUCUCUGCAAAAAUUGGAAGAAUUCGAUAACAGGCUGAAGGGGCUUUUUUCCCAUGACGGAGAAACCACCCAAGGGAUGAAGCAUGACUGGCUGAACACCCAGGGGUUGAAAUUCCGGAUUGACUCCGCCAAUGCAUACGAACAUGAAGACAUAAAAAAAAAAGUGGUUAAUCCAAUGGACAGUGAAAACAAACGUCCUUAUGAUUCAAAGUUCAGCAUGGAGAAAUAUAUGAAGGAGAAGCGGUCGAAAGAACACCCCGCGAAGUAG